AUGUCCGUGGAAGCGCUGCGGUGUUAUCAGUGUAACUCGAACGAUGAUUUCGAUUGUUUCGCACCGCCAAAGAACUUUACCGAGGCCGAGUACCGUGACAAUCGAACCGCCGUCGGUCGGCUGCUGAUGGAAUGCUCGAAGGAUGAGCAUGGCCGGGAACCGUUCUGUAUCAAAUCGUCUGUUCUAGUCCUUGGCAAUAACCUGCCGGAUUAUACGCGUGUUUCGCGCGAGUGCCAGUACGAACGAUGGGGUCAACCGUGCUAUCGUGUGUACAAUGGUGGUCACGAGGAAAUUACCUGCCAGUGUGAUACCGAUGGAUGCAAUGGAGCCACGCAACGCUCGGCGUCGAUCGUCGUGCUUCUACUCAUGUUUGUCGGUGCUUCGUAUCGGUUACUUGCAAGUGGAACUAGCUGA